GACUUAAUUAGACAGAUAGUAGGAUUAGUCGUCCUGUAAAGUUGGAGGAUGUACGUGUGAUUAGAUUCCCCCAUGCCGUGCCCCAUUGACUCACCUGGGUUCGUGACCCACAUCCUGUCAGAGUCUGUGGACAGUAAACAAGUUCUCUAGAUUUAACUGCCUCCCCUUGUGUGUGUGUUGUGUUGUUGUUGCAUUCCUUUAAACUUAAAUAAUCUUUUAAAGGUUGUGUUUCGGAGUAUAUUUUUUACUUUUACACUAAUCACUUGAGUCUAAAAUGGCAACAAAAGUGGCCCCUGAAUUGUUGAAAGAUGUGCGAGCGGAACACCAGCUUACCCACGUAAAAACGGAGGAAAAGAACCCCCUCCCCUCCGCAGAAGCUAUUGCUCAGGAGAAGACAGAGGAGGAACUGAAGAGUGGGAUAGAACAGUUUGAUAAGGACAAGCUGAAACACCAGGAGACUGAGGAGAAAAACCCCCUCCCCGACCAAGACGCAAUAGCAAUCGAAAAAAGAGAAAAGGAAGUAAAAGAAGGAAUUGAGAAUUUUCCCAGGUGCAAGUUACGCCGAGCGAACACGGAGGAGAAAAUCUCUCUACCGAGCUCAGAAGUGAUCCAACAGGAGAAGAGAGAAGUUAACAUUAGGAAAUCCUUGACAGAGUUUGAGAAAGGCAAUCUAAAGCAUGUACAGACAGAGGAGAAAAACCCGCUACCAGACGCCUCAGUGAUCGUCAAAGAAAAGAAGGAAAAUGAGUUUCGCUUGUCGAUCACAGAGUUUGACAAAGCUCAACUCGCCCCCACCGAAACUCAAGAAAAAAAUCCACUACCACCAGUAGAAGUUAUAGGACAGGAAAAGCAGGAAGUAGAAUUCCGAUCUGAAAUAUCUGAGUUUGACAAAUCCCAGCUCUCACACACAGAAACAAAAGAGAAAAAUCCCCUCCCCCCUCCAGAAGCUAUUGAAUUGGAGAAGCAAUUAGAAGAACAUAAAAAAGGCAUUGAGAAUUUCAAGAAAGAUGAUUUGAAGCAUGCCGAGACGGAGGUUAGGGCCAGGUUACCAUCAAAAGAAGAUAUUGCGCUAGAGAAGGCCUCAGGUGACAAGUAAGGACAAUCCUGGCAGGAGAUCAAGGCUUUGCUGCGUAGAACAGGAAAUCGCGAGUAGCUUAUCACUAGUGAUCACAUGACCAACUCUGUUUAUGAUUCCGUGAAUAACUGAUGAAUGCAUGAAAGUAUUGUAGGUUUGAAAAUGGUGUAACUUUUAUAAAAUAUUACAAAUGUUAAUAUGAUAUUGAUAUUUUUUUGUUUAAAAAUCUUUUCAUUGUUAACGAUCCAUGUGCUUGUACCGUUACAGUUCUCUUUCUCCGAAUAUUUUCUACUUUGUGACAAGUUGUAACAUUUAAUUAUGGAUGUGGCCUGACAGCUCUCUAGUUCUGUGACAUGGUUUUUAUCUGAUAGUUAGACUGUAGGUUAUAAUAGGAGAGAUAACCCAGCUGUAAUACAGAUAUUGACAUAAUGAACCAGAAUCUCAAACUUUACUCGUGAACAAAUACCUUCGUCCAAACAAUUAGCUUCGUUAAACGUAAUUCAGGGAGAUUCUUAGCUGAUUGUCUCUGAUAUUUAAAAUGCUAGGGACUGAUAAAUAUUUCGUAUUUUUUAAGUUUAUUUUUUUUUAUUUGAACUACGCAGUGAUUUAACCCAGAAGUGCAAUUUUAGCAGGAGAUAUUUUGAGUUGUGCAAUGAUCAAAAACUAUAUCGCAGCUUGUGAAGUGUUUAGUUAGAAUUAUAGUCAGUAGAAAUUCCAGUAUACUUAGUGCUGUUAUUUAUGUCCUGUCGAUUUUCAAUCACUUGUCUUCCGUAUAAUCGUGUUUAUAGUUUAAGUCUUCGCAUUAGAAUUGUCUAGUCAGAUUAUUACACAGCAAUAUUGUCUGGUGACAGAAUACGGCCUUAUAUAGUCACUGUAUAGCAACAAAUGUUGAACGUUCUCUGGUUAAAUAUUUUUGUUGGAGUUAUUAGUUACAUUUUUUAAUGUUGAGUUACAUUUUUGAUGUUCAGUGCAGUUGCCUAUUUUCGUUUUUUCUCCAUCAGUUAUAUGUUUUGCUCAAAUCAUUUGAAGCCAAGCUUUUGUCAGUUUGAUAAGGGGAGGUCACUCUACUGAAAUUCUGUGAAAUCUUUAGCACUAGCUUUCUAUACUUCUUGUUUCUGUAACCAAUUAACCAUAUACUACACAAAUACCUGUAUAUCUGCUACUUCACAUUUAAAUCGCUAGGACAACUUGUGACUGUUUUCAAGUAAUGUCAAAGCAUAUUAUAUUUUUUUGCUAAUAAAAAAUAAAUUUAUA